AUAUUGCGGGAGUUUGUUUUUGCAAGAAUGGCAUCAAGUUAUUCACGUUCUCGUUCGAAUUCUGUGUCCAGCAAUAGUUCUAAUGACUUUUACGUAGCCUACAGAGACACGUUGCCUAAAUCAACUAGCCAAUGGGACAUGCUCUGUAUGGAAAAACUAGGCAUUUACUACAACAACCAAUAUCAUGCCUCACCACUAGAUAUAUUAGAUAUGAUUAAUUCUAAAACGGGUUGCUUUGGGUCACUAAGUGGCGAACAGACAGACUAUAUUGGUGAUUUAAAAGAAACUCUUUGUUUUGAUAUUUCUCUGCAAGAGAGCUCAGAAAAUGAACAAACACCUGAACAGUUUGUCCUGACAGAUGAAGUUCUACCAAAGUUGGAAGAAGAACUUUUUAAAAUACGACAAAAAUAUUCAUCAAGAAAAAGGAUGGCCAGUGUCCCUGAAGAAUUUGUUAAAGUUAUUGCCCAGGUUUUGAGAUAUGAACUGGGAAGAUACAAGUCUGUAAAAAGGAUGUGUCCUGCAACAGAGGAUUUAUAUGUGACAGUUUUUAAUAUUUUUGCCAGAAUGUGUGGUGUUGAAACUCUACCAGGAUCAUUGUGGAAGAAUAAAAUGGAAGUACGUAGUACAGACGUCACAUCAACAGCUGACAUCUUAAUAGUUCCAGUAGAAUGUCUUGACAGUUUCCGUAAAGACUAUCCAGAAGCAGAUUCAGUGGCUGUUGUUUCAGUUGUAGAGGGGAAAACAUUUCCAUCUAGGAGGCUACAAGAGGAAUUAGUAACUCAGAAUAGCAUAUGUGAUGACAUAGACCAUAAAACUCUAGGACAGCAUGGAGGUAAACUACUGUUACAUCUGCAGAACUAUAAUAACAAACUUACAAGAGGAAGACGUUUACUGCCAGGAAUAAUAGUCAUGGGAACAGAGGUGAUAUUUACAGUAUUGGAAAUAGAUCCUAAACACCUUUCACAAGUUUAUUCCGAGGAUCCAAUUGAUUCAAGAGCAACGAUAUAUUAUUCAAAACCAAAAGAUUUCCUGAAAAAGGCUGACAGAGACGUAUUAAUGGAAGCAAUGAUAAGACUUAACAACAUUAAGUAGAUUCUUCAUGUACAGUCAGUCAAGUUGGCCAAUUUUGGUACAUGAUAGUACUACUGAAAUUAGAGGAAAUGCAACUUCGUUGACAAAUGUUUUAUCUUUAUGUUUCCUAUUUCAAAAUUAGAAAUACAUGAAAUAAGAAUAUC